AUGGGUUUUGCUUCCAAGAUUGCCGGCAGUCAAAACCCGCAGAACAUGGGUGGUAACAACUCGGGGCCAUAUGGAGGAGCGCCUUCCACAGGCUACACGGGCGGUCCUCCUGCAGCGCUGCAACCUGGUGGUGGUGCUGCUCCUAGUGGAUACAAUCAACAAUAUCAGGCUUACCCAGGUUCUCCUGCUCCCUCCGGCAACUCGGGGAACUUGGGACGUUCUGUCUACAUCAUUCACUACUUUCUCCCUCUUCUCAACUCAUAUCGCCUGUCCACAACUUGGACCUCACGUCUUCGCUUCUUUCUACUCUCUUCACCUGGACGCUUCCGUGUAACAAUGUCGCGACCUUAUUAUAACCAACAAGGAUAUCCUCCACAGCUACGUACUGGGUCGACAUCGCCCUAUCCAACUUCGUCGGCGCCGCCCCAACAGUACCAAGCGUAUGCCCCAGCAGUACCUCCAAACAAGCCAGCACCCUCGCCGUCUCCCGUGUCUCCAACUUAUUCGGGCUACCCUCAUCCGUCUCAAUCCCCUGCACCUCAGAGUUACUCCCCAGCGCCAUAUGGUUCUAUUCCACCACCGCCACAGGGAUAUCCUCAGGCCCCUCCUUAUGGAUCAGACUCCUAUGGGCCUCCUCAAGGUUAUGGACAACCUCCUCAAGGCUAUGGACAACCUGGCUACGGGCAGCCCCCUCAAGGCUACGGAAGGCCUCCUCCGCCAUCCCCACAUGGCUCGUCAACUAGAUCCGCGCCUGGACCAGAAUAUCCUUCACAACCAUCUUCUCAUGGACCAGGAUAUCCUCCGCAGAAUGCACCUUAUCCCGGUGGUCCCGCGCGUCCUCCACAGCAGGGAACCCCUGGACCAUCGGGACCUCAAGGUGCUCCCUAUGGCCCUCUAGGAGGCGCGCCUCCCGCUCCUCGAGCUACCGAGCAGCAAGUAGCCGCCUAUCGCCAGCUUCUAAUUGGGACUAUCCAAGAGAAGAAUCUCCAAGCCUUCUACCCCCCGGAGAAGUUGAAUUUACUUAUCCAAAGCCUCGCCAACGAUGCACCGGCUAAGAUCAACAAGAUCGUCCAGGAAUGGCGAGUGCCGACAGAGGUGGCCACGGACAUUAUAAAAUUGUCCCUCUUCGAUAUCAUUCUUUACGUAGAUGACAGUGGAUCUAUCGAGUUUGAGGAAAGAGGCGUGAGAAAAGAACAACUGAGGCAGAUCAUUGGCAUCGUUGCGACCGCUGCAUCUACCUUCGAUGAGGACGGCAUCUCGGUGCGGUUUAUGAAUUCUAUGGAAAGAGGCGACGGCAUCCGGAAUGCGGAUGAUGUCAACAUGCUGGUCUCACGUGUCCGUUUUCAAGGCCUAACGCCACUGGGGACAGGUCUGAAGAAUAAGGUUCUGGAUCCUCAGGUCGUGGGACCCGCCCGGGCAGGCCGCUUACAGAAGCCGGCACUAAUCAUUACCAUUACGGACGGACAGCCUGCUGGUGAACCUCUUGAUUGCGUGGCUAAUUCGAUUCGCUAUGCUGUUGACGAGGUGUCACGAACUCCAUUUGGACGAGGUGCUGUUUCUUUCCAGUUCUCGCAGGUGGGCAAUGAUGCCAAGGCACGUGAUUUCCUAUCCAGUUUGGAUGAGGACCCGAGCAUUGGAAAUUUGAUUGACUGCACUUCAAAUUUCGAGGUUGAGCAAGAUGAGAUGUCUCGUGCCAUCCCCCCUGUGUAUUUGACUCGAGAGCUUUGGUGCGCUAAAUUGAUGCUUGGUGCUAUUGAUUCCUCAUAUGAUACCAAGGACGAGAAGGCUGCCGGUCGUGCUGGCGGGCCUGGAGGGCCUGGAGGGCCUGGCGGAUUCGGGGGACCUCAAGGACCUGGUGGACCUGGCGGAUUCGGGGGGCCUCAAGGACCUGGCGGGCCCGGCGGACCUGGCGGAUUCGGGGGACCUCAAGGACCUGGUGGACCGGGCGGACCUCCUCCAGGACCUCAAGGGCCUCCUCCGCCAGGUCAGUACGGUGGCUAUAACGCGGGGCCUGGAUACGGCCAGCGAGGAAACCCUAACCAACCCCCACCACCUAGUCCAUAUGGCCCAGGACCGGGAUAUGGUCAAGCACCAUAUCCUCCUAGUCAGGGCCAGGGCCCACCACCUGGCUAUGGACAGCCACAGCCGUAUGGUGGAUACGGAUCCCCCCCUCCUUCUGCUGGAUAUGGACAACCACCCGCUGGUGCCACGAGAGGCUAUCCUCCACCACAGAGUCCUUACGGAUACGCUCCCCCUCCGCCCCCGCGGUACUAG